GGGGGGGAGCUGGGAGGGAAGAGGAAGGGGUUAGUUGGUCGGUCUAUGGAACAUGCACUCUGUGCACGGCUAAAGCCCAAUUAAGUGUUGACAAAUGAUGUAGGAUUUGGAGUGGGUUGUCUUAAUGUGGCAUUUAAUCCUGCAGACCUUACAGUUAAUGCAUUUUGUUAGUUCUUCAACUCUUUGUAAAAUGAACAGGUGGUUUGGGGGGUGGAGGGGUAGCGUUAGACUACUUUCCCUUUUCCCCUCUCUUCAGCCACUGAUACUUUCCUUUCUCUGUGACUACACAGCUUUUUCUGAGUGCAGCUUUGCCUCAAUUGCUGGAAGUGCUUCAUGUUCAGCUCAUUGUCAGACUCUUUAUUUUUAUGGCUAGGCCUACUCCAGGGUCCAAGCACUGGAUAGGACAGUGUCCCAUAUCCUCACUGUUAUCACUGUAUGUAUUCCUAUAGGAAUGGGAGAAGUGGUGGGAUAGACAAGUUGAACUGAGUAUUUAAUAAGGAAAAAAUCCCAAGAUAUCAGUAUUUGUAGAUGGGGAAAAGAAGCAUGUGGAAUAUCUUAAGUGGUAUGUGAAACUGUUAAGUCUUUCAUCUGCUUUUCAUGUAACAAAUGCAUCCUAAAUUAUAUUGUGAAUGUUAGGGAGUUUCAAUUCCAGCUGAAUAAAUUUUUUUAAAGCGUCGAGUCUACCAUAUUAUACUGUUUCAAACACUUGUGGAAUGCUGGUGGUCACUACAAGAGCAUACCUCUGAGGGUGAAAUCUAUGUAACUUCAUUACACUGUACCAAAUAUGUCGGGGUUCAAAUGUCUAUACAGAUAAGCUUCUGUUUGUUUAGAGUGAAAUUAAAUGUCCUGAAAUUACUUCUUGCACUGAAUUUAAACACUCCAGUGUUGUUUGGCCAUAGGUAUUGUAUGGGGAAUAAUUCCCAGGGGCUGUGGGGGAGGGGGUGGGUGCUCCAAACCUUGCAAACAGUCUAACUAAUUACUAAAGGCUUGGGUUUUUUUUUUGUUUGUUGGUUUUCUUUUCUUUUGUACAAAUACCUUUUGCUGCCUGUCCUUACGUUGUAUCCCAUGUUUGUUGUGUUUGAAAUAUUAGUGACCACAAAUGCAUAGCAGGAUUUCUUGAUAAUUUUUUUUCAGCAGUGUGCAAAUAAACUAUUGUAAGCAAGAUACUGGAAGUAAUUUCAGACUUCUGUUGGGAGCCAUUGCAUGUUUAGAAUGCCUUUGCCUGUUGAACACCUGGUAAAUACUGCUCCUGACUGCCAAAAUAGCUUAUACUCUGACAUGGGAGAUGUCAUAGCUUAAGCGUUGCUAUUAGCUUGUUCUCAGGACUGUACUUCUACCAAGGAGCAGCUGCUAUUUAUGACUCAGUCCGUUGAGAUGAAGUAUAUGUAAAUGGUUUCGAUUCAGCUAACAUUUUGAGCACACCGUAAUUCUACUAAUCCAGUGGUUUUUAUCUUAAUAUGCAAAUUGCCUUAAACUCCUGAACAAUUCAUGUGCAUACGUGUUCUUUCUUAGCAUCACAAUGGAACUUGAGAUCUGCUGUCAGCUUUAUAAAUAAUACUAAGGCGAACUGUAAGUCUACAUUUGCUGUGCUAAAUCUCCUGAAGAGGUCUGUCUGCAUGCUAUGGCUUUUUUUUUUAAUACCAUAGUGUAUGCUUAAAUAAUCACUACAAUAAAUUAAGACUUUCUGAACCAGCUAGAAAAUGCAGAAGUUACUUCUUACCCCGCCUUCUGCCUGGGGUGGCUGUGUUCGGCCUCAGCAUGGCUCUCUUAAAGCGGGGGAGGAGCAGAUAGGUGUGUAAGCUGAACUUUGUAAGCUGGGCUGAGGGAGGGGGGUUCCAUGAGGUGCUUCAUUAGGGGGGAUGCAGUUCUAUAGCAGACAGAGAACAGAAGUGCUAAAAUGGUUUUUCUCCUAGUACUGUUGAUCAGAGAAGAGGUGAUAAAGACGUAAGUAGUGAGCUGUUGUUGUGGCUGGGGCUCUAGCAGUGCGUGCUGGCUUGUCUGGAUCGUCUGCUUUAAGAUGGGCUUCUGGAUGCCUCAGCCGGUGGUCAUCUCUUACCUUCCGUGAGCCCGUGUGUGCUGGGUUCCUGUGGGGCCUGAGGUGAGUCCAAGCUAGCCCAGGUACUGCAGCGGGGGCUCACGGUUCUUAAUGCUGCAGAAGCGGGGUGGGGUGAAUUGUAGCAAGGCGCCUUCCCUCUUACUUGGCUGAAGUUUCAGCCCUUGGAAUGAAAGCCUGGCGCGCCUGUCCUGAGCCCCCCUGAGGAACAGUGGCGCUCCGCCCCCGUCAAUCACCAUAUGCUCCACCUUCCGCUGUCCCCAUUGGCUGCGCCGCCUUUGCCCCGCCUCUUUUCUUCCCGUGCCUUUUAAACGCGCCGCAGCCCGCCCCCUGCCAAGCGCUCUCCCCGUCUACGCCUCGGCCGCUUCCCUUCGCGCCUCCACGCCUUCCUAUUGGCUGAGAGCGCCGUCCCUCACGACUCGUGACGCGCGACGCGCUGUGACGUUGCCCACCACCCAGGAAGCUCCGCCUAUUUAUUCUCAACUCGGCUCUUGAGGGGAAAAACAAUUUCAAGAUGGCGGCGGCACGGAUAACAAUAGGGACUCGGGGCUUCGGGCCGGCCCGUGCCUAAGAGCUGCGGCUGCCUGGCCGCGCCGCGCCGGGGAGGGAGCGGAGCGGGCUCCGGCCGGGCCCCGGGGGCGCUGGGCAGCGGCCGCCGGGCAGGGCUGAGCGGAGAGCGGGGGAGCGAAUCGGUACCGGCCUCGGGAGAGAAGGAGGAAGUGGGGAGGGGGGGAGCGAGGCGGGCGCCGGGCCGGGGGCAGGAGGAGGAACCGGGCCGGGGGGCCCAGGUAAGGCCGGCGGGCGGGGGAGGAGCGGUGAGGCCUCGAGGAGGGCCAUGGCGAGGCCCGGCGUGCGGAGCCGGUGAGCGGCGGCCCCCCUCUCGUCCCUCCGGUCCAUGGUGCUGCCCCCCUGCCCCAUGGCGGAGUUCGUGGUGCCGCGGCACAGCGCGGUGAUGGAGCGGCUCCGUCGGCGCAUCGAGCUCUGCCGGCGGCACCACAGCGCCUGCGAGUCCCGCUACCAGGCCGUGUCCCCGGAGCGCCUGGAGCUGGAGCGCCAGCAAACCUUCGCCCUGCACCAGCGCUGCCUGCAGGCCAAGGCCAAGCGGGCCGGCAAGCACCGCCAGCCGCCCCCGGCCCCACCGCCCCCCGCUCCCCCUCCGCCCGCAGCAGCCGUCGCGGGGAGCGCCGAGAGGAGCGGAGCCAACGGCCUGGACGGAGAGGCGGCGAGCGGAGAGCAGCACGGCCGCAGCAGCACGCUGAUCGCGCAGCUUCAUGAGACUGUGAAAAGAAAGCUUGAUAGUGCUUCUUCCCCUCAGAAUGGAGACCAGCAGAAUGGCUUUGGUGAUGUAUUUUCCGUUUCCAAGAAGCUGCGUCGUGAUGAUGGUCUUGGUGGAGUGAGUGGUUCUUCCAAUGGAAUGCCCCCUGUGUCUCCACUCCAUCAUCUUGACAAGAAGUCUGGCAGUGGAGAUACCUUGCAGCUUAAUGGAAAACAUCCGAUGGGACUCGAUGGCAUCAGCAAGAAGUGUCUUCCAGAUUCCAGCCUGCAACUGAAUGGAGGUGGUGAUGCUGAUGAUUCAUUUCCUCUGAGUUUGAACAAAGAGCUAAAGCAGGAGCCUGUAGAUGAUCUUCCAUGUAUGAUUGCUGGAGCAGGGGGUUCUAUAUCUCAGAACAACUUGAUGCCUGAUCUUAAUCUUAACGAGCAAGAAUGGAAGGAGCUUAUUGAGGAGCUUAAUAGGUCAGUGCCCGAUGAAGACAUGAAGGAUCUCUUUAAUGAAGACUUUGAAGAGAAAAAAGAUGCAGAUUCUUCAAAUUCAGCUGCACAAACUCCGUUGCCACAAGAUAUUAACAUAAAGACUGAAUUUUCCCCUGCACCCUUUGAACAGGAACAGAUGGGAUCUCCGCAGGUUAGAUCUACUUCUUCAGGUUCAGCAUUUAUUGGUGCUGCCUCUGUUCCUGUAAGUGCCACUUCUCCGGUGGUCGGUAGUUCUCAGGCUAUGUUUCAGCCUUCUAGUCAGUCAAUGACUGAAAAUGCUAAUCAGCCCAUGAUGCAGGCAUCAAACCACUCUCAGAACGUCCAGAGACCUCUCCCCAAUGUGCUUUUACCUGGGAAGGGGGCAGGAAGUGCCAAAGAAAUGUCCUCUGCUCAUCAACUCCAGCAGAUUGCUGCCAAGCAGAAGAGAGACCAGAUGCUGCAGAACCAGCAGCAGGCUUCCCAAGUCCACCAAACCAAUCAGAUGUCUACCUGGCAGUCUGGGCCUUCUCACAGCCCACUGGCUGUUCCAUAUACCAUGGAAAAUCCCACCAGCCCUUCAGUUUACCAGCCAGACUUCAACAAUCAGAAGCUCAUGAUGCCUAAUAUGGGAAAUAAAAGCUCUCCGAGAGCUGGAGGCAAUUACCAUGUGAACAUAUUGGGUCAUCAGCAAAACAGCAUGAACCAGAACCCUGUGAAUAGUCAAGGCUCAAUGCUAGACUAUGGGAACACCAAACCUCUUUCACAUUACAAAGCAGAAUGUGAACAGGGCGUUGCAGUACCUGGUCAGAACAAGACUCCCAUGUUGGCUUACAUACAGCAGCGCCAGCAGCAGCCACUGUCCCACGUGAGUGAUGACCAAAAUGGAAUGAUCCUGUUGAAACCUAAGUCUGGAAACAUUACCUACCGACUGCCGCACAGUCAGGAUCAAACCGCAUCUCCUAAUGUUCCUCGUGUUCCUGUUUCUGUCCCGGGUGCUGGUGUUGGUGCCCAGGCUCCCAACGUCACCAUGGCAGGAAACCACAGCAACCAGUCGUAUCUUAGCAAUCAGCAGCAAGCAGCAGUGAUGAAGCAGCACCAAAUGCUGAUGGACCAGCAGAAACAGAGAGAGCAGCAACAAAAGCACUUGCUUAUGGAGCAACAGAAGCAGCAGUUCCUAAUGGAGCAAAGACAACAACAUCUGUUAGUUGAGCAGGAGAAGCAGCGGCAGCAGCAGGAGCAGCAGCUGCAGCGACACCUGACCCGGCCACCUCCCCAGUACCAGGACCAGCAGCAGAACCCGUACCAGCAGCAGGUUGGGCAGUUCACAGGAUCAUCUUCAGCCAUGCCUGGGGUCAGUAACUUAGGACAGUCCAGCUCCAGUAGUCCACGGAUGUUUCCUCAGACCCAGAACAUGAUUCAGAUGGGACCUGGACACAGUUCUGUUGCACCGCUGCAGUCCAGCUCCAGCCAGCAGGACCGGGGGGUGACUCAGUAUGCCAACAUGCAGAACAUUCAGCGAGGGGGGCUGUACAGCAUACCGUCAGGUAUGGUUCCCCAGCAUGCAGCUCAGAGUGCCACUGGACAGCCACCGAUGCAGAGACAAGGCAGCUUGGGCCAGGGUGCUGCUGUUCCUGCUGGGUAUGGGCAGAAUACCUUAGCAAACUCAAGUAUUUCUCAACAGCACAAUAAAGGCGCACUGAAUCCAACCUUAUCUAAGCCACAGAUGGCAAGAGUACCAGCUGCUAUGGGGGCUCAAAAUCCAUCUUGGCAACACCAAGGUAUCCCUAAUAUUAAUAACCAGACACAAGGAAACAGUGGCUUAGGACCAUUUUCUGCCAGCUCCUCUUUCCACAUGCAGCAAACUCAUCUAAAGAUGGCCAACCAACAGUUUGCUCAAGGAAUGCCUCAGGUAAGCCUCAGCACCAGCAGGCCCAUGACCUCUAUGAAUGCUGCCGUGUCUGGGCAGAUGCUGUCGUCAUCUUUAGGCACGCAGCAGCGGACAAACCCACCUACACAACAGCAGGUACCCUCGCAGCAAGUCUUGCCUGGCAUCAACCAGACUGUUCCGGAUCUGAACGCUUUCAACCAGAAUCCAAAUCAACAAAUGCCCAACAGAGGUAAUAUGCACUGUAGUCAAGGGUACCCUGUGAGGACAAGCAGUCAAGAGCUGCCUUUUGCCUACAGCAGCCAGUCAGGCAAUAAUGGACUUCAGAACUUAACUGGUGACACAGAUCUGAUAGACUCUUUGCUGAAAAACAGGACUUCGGAGGAGUGGAUGAAUGAUUUGGAUGAGUUGUUGGGAACUCAUUAAAACAGGGCUGGGGUGGGGGGGUUCUACUUUUUUUUUUUUUUUAAUUAUUUCAUGAAAUAUAAACAACACUUGGACCAAAAAACCUGUGGCAUUGAGGAGACUUGCAGGCAUUAGAGGUAAAUGGUUGGGAAAGGGACUGGAGCUGCUGCGUAGUGAGUGCUGAGGCGUGGUAAUGGCGCACCGAGCAGGUCUGCAGGAGUAGUGCGCUUUGUCCUGGCGUCUCUGGGGAGCUGCACGUGUAAACAGGUCAAACAAAGCUGUGCGUGUCCCAUCCAGCCUGUCAGAAAUCUCACUUGCAGUGUUCUAGAAUGACAAUUUUUAAUUAUUUAAAAAUAGAACCGUUUCACAGAAAUAGUGCAGAAAGAAAGCAAAUAGUUGCAGAAAUUUAGGGCUUAGUUUUCUGCAGCUAUUACUUGCAAUCAUUGUCUGUAGCUUGACGUGCUAUUAUAGUACUGUCAUCAGAUGUCUGACUUUUUGUUGGAGAAGAGGCUGUAUGCACCCGAGUACGCUUGCAAGAUGUUGUGAACUUUUUCCACCGCUGAAGCAUGUGCCUGUACUCUCAAUAAGCAAGUGAUAUUUCACAGUAAGUGUUUCUAGAUGCUGGUGAUAGAUGAAAGAAGUAUUAAAACCUGGCCAGUUAGUCAAGGUAGUCUUCUUAAUAGAUUGUAGUCUUUUAAGCUGCAGUUUGCACUCUGUUGUAGAGAGGCACAGUUCUUGGCUUAUACCUUACUGUGUUUAAAGGGGGAAUUUCUUAUGGGAGAACUUUUAAACUAUAGUAGGUUUAACAUGAAUUGUAAAGCCAUUUCCUUUGCACCUGUUUCUUCAUAACUUAUUUCCAAAGGUAGUUGUAUUUAAAUGAAGGCUUUGCUUCAUGACAGCUCAUUUAGUUUUCUUUGUUGUAAAAAGUAAAACUAACGUUUGAGAUCGGUUCACCCCCCAAAGCUAGCAGUGACACAAUGAGCACAAGACUUUGUCACUUCAGGGUAAAAUGAGGAAAAAAGAACUUGGCUGAGAGGUGAAAAGUCCUUAUCAGUAGCAGUAGCACAAGCAGCCUGGGAGAAUGCUUGCAUCAGGGUUGCUCCAAUAUUGAAGUCUCCCCCUUUAAAUACUUUUGUUUUUAAUACUGGGUUACGAGUUUGGUAAUCUUUCUGUAGACAGGUGGGUUUAUUCCUUUAAUAUCCCUUGAAGCAGAUGCUGGUUCUUUAGCUCAGCCCAAGGAGACCUCUCAUCCGUGUCGGGAUUGCUCUCAGAAAGGACGAAAACCACAAUGGCAACAGACAGUGUUCCAAAGUCCUUACUUUUACCAAAAAAAAAAUCCCUUAUCCACCAACAAACCACCUUGCCUUAACCUUUACUUUAAAAAGAAAAUAAAGUUGAAAGCUUUUGUUUUAAAUGCACAAAUACCUCUUCCCUUUCUCAAUCCACUUCUUUUGGAAAACUCCUUUUAAAACUUUUUAACCAAACCCAGCGUUGUGAUUUAAAAGCAAUUUCCCUCAACAGACUGUCUUCUUCAGGAGUUUUCCAUGCUGCAGAAUGCGUGAGAGGGUUUUUUUCCAGUGGGUGAGGAGAAGUGAAGGAUAACAUGGGAUUGGAAGAAGGAAAACGUGUUCCUGGAUCUGCAGCUCCUUUGUCAGACAAUUUGCACUUUUAAAAACUGCUUUUUUUUUUUUUUUUUUUUAAACACUAAUACUUCAACCCUUUCCAAAUAUGCAUGGAACGUGGUUUGUCCAACACGCCCACCCGGUGUGGAUGAAUUGCGCUCUGUUGAACAGAUUUGAUGUUGUAUCACAUUGAACCGUUGGCGAAAGAUGUGCGUUGAUCAGUGGAUCCCACCAUUGAGUAGAGGAUAGAACUUCACUGAAGCAGACUUAAUCCCUUGUAGAGCUUUGAAGAGGUAACUAAGAUUGUCUUGGGAUGAGAAGACGAAGGUGUUAGUUGCUUUGGUUGUUGACACUUAUGAUAUUUUCUAGAAUAAGUAGUUGAGAUGCAAAUAACUGAUGCUGACUUUUCUUGUACUGGCAAUCUAAGGAAAGAGCUAGCGAGUGGUUUAGUGUUAAACCAAAACCUGGUCCAAGGUAAGUGUCGUUAGCGUAUAGGUAAACUAGCAAUGGCAGGGGAAGAAGUGUUUGCUGUAUUUUUGUUUUUAAAGGUUAACUUUGCACCAGUGUGCCUUCCCUUCCUGCUGGGGGUGUUUGGGACCUCAUAAUUUCAAGUGACACCCUUCAGUGUCGCUCUUUCCACUCCCCCAUCCCCCCCUUGCCCCUUACAAACACUUGAGAGAAAUAACAGGGUAGUAGCAUUCAGCUUUUCUUUCUUCCCUGUUUGGUGUGCUGAAAUCUGCAACAUUCUCUGGUAGAUUUUGCACACGGUCUUUGUUCUGAAUAAGUUAAAAAAAAAAAAUCCAUCCGGUUUUAAUUUCUUAAUCAGAGGAAAAGAGCAUCUGCUGUUAGCAUUGUUGCUACCAAAAAGGCCAUCCAGCGUUGUGUCCAGUGAGAUGCAGAUGUGCUCUUUCCUCCACCGUUUCUGGAAGCUAAGGUGGAUAUUGCCCUGUUUGACCAGAGGGUUUGUUCAGGAAGGUAUCGAGUUUUGGUGACAGGGCCUUCUCAUGGUACUGUUGAACUAAAAUGAAGUGUGAUUUAAGGCAACCUGGCUUAUAGUGCCUGUUGGUCUUCGUGUGUGAACGGGAUCCCAACAGCGCUCGACCUGGUAGGAGGAAACAGCCCUUGCUUCUGCUUUUGGGCCCUGUCCACAUCACACUGUUACGGUAUCACUGUAACAAUGCUGAAACAGUUCAAUGGCAACGAAAAUACAGUUUAGAUGUCUGUAGGUGCAUGGGUAGGGCUGGGCUUUGCCUUUAUGCCCUUUAGCACGUAGCUGUCUGUAUAUGCACUUGGGCUUUCCAUUUGCUGCAGCUUCAGAGCAAUAAAAUGUAGCUCCCCUGAACUGCACCUAGCCAGCCGCCCAUGGCUUUAUUUAUAAACUGCGGUUUUGGUUGGGUGGGAAAGGUGAGAGUGUCACUGUGCAACAUCCACUGCCUUCCAAAAACCACGACUCGAUUGAAAAGGGUGCUCAAAAUUUUGUUAUACACAUUUCCUUUGUGUAAAUAAAUGUUUACAAUUUUAUAUUAAAGAUUUGAAUAAGAGUUAGAUCUUCUGACUGUAUAUUUUUUACUUUUUAUAGAUUUUAAAACUAUAAUUCUUUAUAUAUGUGUUUGGGGGGUAUUAUGGUAAGUUUUAUGCUUGUAAAUGGAGAACAGUUGAAUUUGAUGCUAACCUUUAUGAAUUUUUUUGUCAUUGAAAUGUAUAAAGAGUCCAUUAAUCCCCUUAUUCUUUUACUACAAUUACUGGUGCACACCAAAAAGAAAUCCUUCACUUCUGUUUUAUCAUUAUAAAAUAAAUAUUUUGCUAGUGUAUUAAA